UAUGACUUUGAAAUUCUGCCACUGGUUUUGAUUAAUACGGCCGGGACGGAUUUGCCGUUGUGUCAUUUGUUAUUCUCGUUGUUCAUUUGUUACUCCCGCCGCUCGUUUUCUCAGGUUCUUUUUUUUUUUUUUUUUACAAGUGAGCGAGACAGAACCACAUUAAUUCCGCUGUUGUUGUCGACCGAGUGUUUCGAUUCUCUUUCUAUCAUAGAACAGGUGAUUUCCGCGAUCUAACCGAAAAUCCUAUUCGACGAUAGGAAGUACACAUGUCUUUGAAUCUGAGCACCAGCCCGCCGGAUGUCGGGGAACAAGGGUUGCCCGAUAUUUACAUUUUCGCGGCCAUCGUACUCGGUAUCAUCGGCUUCUUCGGAUUCAUCCUGAAUUUAUUGGUUAUCCUGACAAUUGUCAAAGAAGCCAACGUGCUCUGGACACCCAACAAUGUGAUCCUCGCCAAUAUGGUUGUUGGGGAUUUUUUAGUAGCUGCGCUGGGAAAUCCUGUCGCAAUGAUGUCUGCGAUCGCUGGUGCAUGGUAUUGGAACCAUGACGUGUGUCUAUGGUACGCGUGGUUUAUGACUACCAUGGGAUUCGCCAGUAUUGGUAAUUUAACGGUAAUGGCAAUAGAAAGAUUUCUGCUAGUGAAAUGUCCAAUGAGGAUGUUAUCAAUAAGACAUGCUUACGCAUUGGCGCUUUUGGUUUGGAUAUAUGCGCUGUCCUUGUCAUUACCGCCGUUUUUUAAUUGGGGCAAGUAUGGCCCGGAGGCCGGUAACAUAUCUUGCAGCGUGUCCUGGGAAUUACACGAUCCUGAGACGCAUAAUGAUACUUACAUCGGAUUUUUAUUUAUUUUUGGAUUUUUCCUUCCUCUGACAAUAAUUAUCAGCAGUUACUAUGGCAUUAUAAGAAAUUUAAAGAAAAUGAGGAAGAGAAUCGGUCAAAAUAACAAACGGGAGAAGAAAGUCACUAUGAUGGUGUACCUAAUGAUCCUUGCUUUUCUAAUCGCCUGGUUGCCCUACGCCAUUCUUGCACUCGCAGUUCAAUAUUUCUAUGUACAAACCUCCCACAUCGUAGCGGUGCUGCCUGCGCUUCUCGCGAAAUCCUCCAUUUGUUACAACCCUAUAAUAUACGCAAGUUUGAAUGUUCAGUUCUGUCAUACCUGGAAAAAAAUUUUUUUUAUCAAUACGAAUUCGAAGAUAGUCAAUAACACAGGAAUAACCACAAUGAAUAAAAUAGAAAUGAAAUAUUUCAAACGCCCGUUAGUAAAUCAAACAGAAAGAUAAAACUUCGUAUACCUUUUGUAUCCCGUCAAUCCUCCAGAGAUGGUGCACAGAGGGAAAGGAUGAUAAUGGAGGAAGAUGCUAUCAGAAGAUCACAAUGAAUGGGUAAUGGAAGAAAUUUUUCUUUUUCAUCGUUUAUUCUAUAAAUAUUUUAAAAAAGCUUGAAUGUAAAAAAGAGUGUUUUUUUUUUU